AAAUUACUUCGAUUUGUUGCAAUGCGUCCGCAACAACGUCGAGACAUGCAACGGUCUAAGCAACAACAUAACAACGACACUGGUUCGUGCAUCUGUUGCAUUCUCGAGUCACUGCGACAACAGGACCAACAACAACAACAACAGAAACAUCAACAACAACAAUGUAAAUAACAAUGUUAAACAUAACAUCAACAACAAUAACGAUGAUGUACAAUUUCAGCAGCAACAACAACAGCAGCAUAGACAGCAAAAACUACACAAAAAUAUUCACCAUGAAGUCAGGCCAGAAAAUGCAAUGAACACAGCCGUCCAAACGAACGAAAAGAAUUUUCUUUCGUUCGCCAUAUUUUUAUUAUUUCAUUACGCAAUAUAUAGCUUAUAAGAUUGUAUUAAUUAAUUAUUUAAUUAAUUAACCAAUUAAUUAACAAUCGUCAUAAUUUCAUAACUGAUUAAUUAAACUGGUUAAUUAACUUAAUUAAUUUUAUAUAGCUUUGCCAGAAAACGCAGUUAAUGUUAUUUAAUGUAAUGUUUUUUACCUAUAACGAUUUUUAAUAGGGUUAAAUUUUAUUUAAAAAAACAAAAAUAUAAUAAUAAUAAUAAACUUUGCAAUGACAAACGCUUUAUACAAAAAAAAAUAUGAUAUGUAUGAUCUAUAUUUUUCUGUUUAAAUGUUUCAAUUUUUUACUCGCAUUUACAGCUUUUAGAUGGACAAGUUUAACUCAUUUGUAUUCAUUCUUUCAUUCAUUCAAUCAAUCACUCAUUCAAUCAAUCAAUCAUUCAUUCAUUCAUUCAGGAAUAAGUUUACCCUAAAUAAAAAUGACGACACCAAAUAUAUUUGAGCAUUUCGAAGUCAGCUUGUGUAUAUUUUUAAUCAAUUUUUACGGGAUUUUUAUUGUUUCAUUUUUCUUUUUGUUUUUUGAUGAAAAUCAAAACUUGAAACCCGAAUAAAUUUUUGAAAAAAA